UUGUCAUAUCAUAAAUUGCCAACAAAAUAAAAAAUAAAUCACUAGAUUGUAGGAUUAAAUUGAUAAAAUUUUCAAUGUUGUGACCCCAGUUGUGUAUUAAUUUUAUUUGUGAUCGAGGCUAUGAUAUAGUGUGAUUGAUUUGUGUCAUUGAAUUGAGGGAAUUUUUAUCAAUUUGUGGAUUCUUAAAUACAUAACCUCAACAAAUUGACAGGUGUCAGAAAAAUUGUGAAGCCCCCUGAAUCACCUAAAAAUGGGAAUUAUUUUCGGUAAGAAAAAACCAGUUUCAAGAAUCACGCAACAGGAUAAGGCCGUUUUGCAAUUAAAGCAACAAAGGGAUAAAUUGAAACAAUACCAGAAACGAAUCGAAUUAUCACUAGCCUCGGACCGAGAAUUGGCCAAAAAACUGUUAAAUAAAGGACAAAAAGAACGAGCCAAGUUACUUUUGCGCAAAAAACGCUUCCAGGAGUCUCUUUUACAAAAAACUGAUAAUCAGUUGGAUAAUUUAGAGCGUCUCACACACGAUAUUGAGUUUGCCCAAGUUGAAUUGGAAGUAGUAAAUGGACUGAAGCAGGGAAAUGAGGCCCUAAAGAAGGUCAAUGAAGCACUCAAUAUUGAGGACAUUGAGAGAAUCCUGGAGGAGACACGAGAGGGAGCAGAGAAACAAGAGGAAAUAAAUGCACUUUUGAGUGGAGGAUUGACUGAAGAGGAUGAAGCAGCUGUUGAGGACGAAUUGGCUGAAAUUAUAAGUCAAUCCUUGCCAAGUGUCCCUGAAGACAAACCUGAACCCAAAGAAAUAAUUUCAGAGGUGCCAGAAUCGCCGGUUAAAGGUAUAAAUCCCAAUUUUCAAAUUUCAAAUAAUGUCUUAUCAAAUUUAGAGAAAAAGAAGCGGCGAGAGGAACCAGUCGCACUGGAGGCCUGAUUUUAUAUCCUUUAAUUUUGUAAAGUUAAUAAAUUUAAGUAUAAAAGUUUA